AGGAGGAGGCGCAGGAGGGAAAGUCGAGAAAAAGACCGAAGGGAGGCGGGGUAGGGAAGCACACACACGCGCACACGCAGACACACACACACACACACACACACACACACACGCGCGCGCGCGCGCGCACACACACACACACACACACACACACACACAUACAAGUAGGGGAGAAAAAAAGAAAGAAAGAAAGCAGGCGGGCAGAGAGCUCUUUGCCGGCUCCGCCGCCUGGCGCUUUGCUUUCCCUUGCGUUUCAUUCAAAGCCUAGCGCUGCUCCAGCCGCCCCAGCUCUGCUCGGUUCCGGGCCAUGGCCAAAGGCGAGGGCGCAGAGAGCGGUUCAGCCACCGGGCUGCUACCCCCGGGCAUCCUUCGGGGCGAGGAGAACGGGCGGACUCAGAAGGUUGGGAUCAAGAAGCUGACCAUCUGCAGUAAGGUCUGCUAUGCUGUGGGGGGCGCUCCCUACCAGAUCACUGGCUGUGCUUUGGGCUUUUUCCUUCAGAUCUACCUGCUCGACGUGGCUCAGGUGGACCCCUUCUCUGCUUCCAUCAUUCUGUUUGUCGGCCGUGCCUGGGAUGCCAUCACGGACCCCCUGGUAGGAUUCUGCAUCAGCAAAUCUUCCUGGAGUCGCCUGGGACGCCUGAUGCCCUGGAUAAUCUUUUCCACUCCACUGGCUGUGAUUGCCUAUUUUCUCAUCUGGUUCGUGCCUGACUUUCCCAGGAACCAGGCUUUGUGGUACCUGGUCUUCUAUUGCCUCUUUGAGACAUUGGUGACAUGUUUCCAUGUCCCAUACUCGGCACUUACCAUGUUUAUCAGCACAGAACAGGGUGAACGAGAUUCAGCCACAGCAUACCGGAUGACUGUAGAAGUGCUUGGUACAGUGCUGGGCACUGCCAUUCAGGGGCAAAUUGUGGGCAAAGUGGACACUCCCUGUAUUCAAGAUCCCGACAUAAUCAUGGAAGAAGUGAAUCAGACACAGGCUACCACCUCUCUGAAUGAUACGAAGAAUGCCUACAUGCUGGCUGCUGGGGUCAUCGCCUCCAUCUAUGUCCUCUGUGCUGUCAUCUUGUCCCUGGGUGUGCAGGAGCACAGAGAACCCUGUGAGAAGAAGCAGGAGCAGCCCCCUUCUUUUUUCCGAGGGCUCCGGCUGGUCAUGAACCAUGGCCCCUAUAUCAAACUCAUCGCAGGCUUCUUGUUCACCUCUUUAGCCUUCAUGCUGGUAGAAGGAAACUUCGCUUUGUUCUGCACCUAUACCCUGGGCUUCCGGAAUGAGUUUCAGAAUCUACUCCUGGCCAUCAUGCUCUCAGCCACCCUUACCAUCCCCAUCUGGCAAUGGUUCCUAACUCGGUUUGGGAAGAAGACGGCUGUGUACCUUGGGAUCUCGUCUGCUCUGCCCUUCCUCAUCUUGGUUGCCCUGAUGGAGAGUAACCUGAUUGUCACCUAUGUGGUGGCAGUGGCUGCUGGCAUCAGUGUCGCUGCUGCCUUCCUCCUGCCUUGGUCCAUGCUGCCUGAUGUGAUCGACGACUUCCAUCUGAAGCACCCCGGUGCCAGGGGACAUGAGCCCAUCUUCUUUUCCUUCUACGUCUUCUUCACCAAAUUUGCCUCUGGUGUCUCCCUGGGCAUCUCCACUCUCAGCCUCGACUUUGCAGGCUAUCUGACGAGGGGCUGCUCCCAGCCGGAGGCCGUCAAGUUCACUCUGAAGAUUCUGGUGACCGUUGUCCCCAUCGGCCUCAUCCUUUUGGGUCUGUUUCUCUUCAAGCUGUAUCCCAUUGACGAGGAGAAACGUCGGGAGAACAAGAAGGCCCUGCAGGUGAUCAGGGAAGAAGCAGGAAGCUCGGGCUGCUCUGACACGGACUCUACAGAAUUGGCCAGCAUCCUCUAGGAGGACAUGAUGCAGCCCGGAGGCCCACAUCCUGCUCCUUAGGCUUCACUGAGAAGCCCGAUCGGCCCAGGCCAAGAGCAUGAACUCAGGGCCGAAAAUCGGGUCCAUCUGUAACCAGGCCACCCUAGGGGGUCAUCUGGUCUCUAGGCCCCCAGGGGCCUCUAAAACACAAGGAGUGAACACUUCAGAGACUACUGAACGCACUUGCUGCUCACCUGCACUCCCAAAGCUGGGCUCUCUCUCCAAAGGAAAGAGGCCCCCAGCCAGACUGACCAGCCCCAGCGGGGCUGUGACUGCAACUACCCAGUGACCGAUCCUGUCCUGGGACCCCAGACACUAAUGUAGACAGAAGUUUUAUAAAGAACCUAAUUAAUAACUUAAUGACUGUGUACAUAUGAAAUGUGCUCCUGUUUGUAUAUGUCUGUUUGGAAAACUAGCUGCCUCAGUGCUAUUAAUAUUAUUAAUUUACAUAAAAAAAGUUGGAUAAAUGGUAACAGAUUUUCAGACUU